AUUUCCAUCCCAUGGCCGUCUCUAGGUGAUUUAGCGCCGCCAGUCUCAAGCAGGUAUCCAACAUGGCGAUCACGGGGAGCGGAUCUCUCGCUAUUUCUUUCUCUGUUUUCAUGAUUUUGGCGGCGUUUCUUCACAAAGGAGCUGCUGAAACUGUGACAGUUGACAGCCAGAACCUGGCGACUGACAACGUGUCGGUGAUCGAGGGAGAGACGGCCACCAUUAACUGCCGAGUGAGGAACAACGACGACUCCGUCAUCCAGCUGCUGAACCCGAACCGACAGACCAUCUACUUCAGAGAUGUGAGACCUCUCAAGGACAGCCGGUUCCAGCUGGUGAAUUUCUCUGACAACGAACUCCGGGUGUCUCUGUCCAACGUAUCGCUCUCCGACGAGGGACGCUACGUGUGCCAGCUCUACACAGAUCCUCCUCAGGAAGCCUACGCAGACAUCACCGUUCUGGUCCCACCAGGCAGUCCAAUCAUCGAGAGCCGAGAGGACGUGGUCAGCGAGGGGAACGAGACGGAGCUCACCUGCAUAUCCAUUGGCAGCAAGCCGGCCGCCUCCAUCAGAUGGAUGAAGGGGGAGGACGACCUGACAGCUGAAACAACAGUCGAGGAGACGUAUGACAGGAUGUUUACCGUCACCAGUCGGGUGAGGUUUUCUGUCACCAAGGAGGAUGAUGGAGUGCCGGUGGACUGCAUCGUUGACCAUCCAGCUGUAAAGGACCUUCUGACUCAAAGACACUUGGAAGUGCUCUAUAAACCUGAGGUGAAGAUCGUGGUGACAUAUCCUGAUGGGUUAACAAGAGAGGGCGACAAUCUUGAUUUGACAUGUAUCGCUGAGGGGAAACCACACCCCCAUCAGAUCAACUGGCUCAGGGUGGACGAAGACGUGCCGCCGCACGCCGUGGUCACCGGCUCCGAUCUCUACAUCGAGAACCUGAACAAGUCGUACAACGGCACCUAUCGCUGCGUGGCGUCGAACGCCGUCGGGGAGGCCUACGACGACUACGUCCUCUACGUGUACGACUCCAGAGCCGGUGAGGGAGCGCCRCAGAAAAUCGACCACGCCGUCAUCGGUGGAGUGGUCGCCGUCGUGAUGUUUGCCAUCCUCUGCGCGCUCAUUGUGCUCGGCCGGUACUUUGCCAGACACAAAGGAACUUACUUCACGCAUGAAGCCAAGGGAGCGGACGAUGCGGCCGACGCCGACACAGCAAUCAUCAACGCAGAGGGGGGCCACAACAACACAGACGAGAAGAAGGAGUACUACAUCUAAACCAGACGGGCCUGAAGUGAUGGUUGGGGACGUGGUGGGAGCACUGCGUCCAGUGUUGAUUGGGUAGUAGGACGGCUUGGGUUAGGGUAAAAGAAGAAGGGGAGAGGAGGAGGAGGAGGAGGAGGGAAGUAGGAAUGGGGUAGCCGCUUGGGAAGAAGAGGCGUCGUUUAGUCUCCUGUCCGACCCUUCCUUGGACUGCCGGGUCCUAUUCUGUACAGUAUAAUUAUUUUACAGACAAUUUUGUGCCUUGUUCUAUUUCUUUUGUCGGUUCGUUGGUUUCUAUUCACAUGCUUGUUGGAUUGGAUUCUUUCUCCACGUGCUCUACUUGAUCCUUUGUUGCGUUUGGCUUUCAGAGGAGAUAUAAAGGGGUCUGGUGUUUGUCAGUGUGUGCUACGACUAGCUUUUAGCUCAUGUAACCAGAUAUAUGAGAGGCCAACUCACUCACACUUUAGUUCACUUUUUUUUUUUCCUCUCUUUCUGUCCAGUUGCUUAUUAAAUGAAACCCAGUAUCGACAUGUUUCUCCCCGCUGGGUCAAAGUCCUGUGGUGCCUCCCAAGUUCGUCACAUUUAGAUGCAGGUCGGAUUUGAUUUUUUGACAAUUACCUGCACACACACACGCACACACACAUAAAUUCAGACUCACUGUUGAUUACUUACAUAACUGUUUUGAGUACUCAUGCCUUUCUUUGAAUGUAUUUGCUAA